ACUUUGCAAUGCACAAUCAGUUUUGCGUCUACAACUAGAAUAACAACUGCAAUCUCGAACUGCACGAAGAAGAUUCACGUUCAGCGUAGAAAAAUGAAAUCCGCAAUUUUUGCAUUCGUCGCGAUUUUCGCUUUGGCCGUGGCCGUACCGGUGCCGGAUAAGGAUGCUCAAAUUUUGCGCUUUGAUAACGACCACAAAGGAAUCGAUGGAUACAACUACCAGGUCGAGACGAGCAACGGCAUUCAACAGCAGGAACAGGCCGAGCUCAGAUCAUUCGGAGAAGAUAGUGCGGCCAUCGUGGUGCGAGGAUCGUAUUCGUUCACCGCCGACGACGGUCAGGUUUACACCGUGAACUACAUUGCCGACGAGAAUGGAUUCCAACCGGAAGCACCACAUCUGCCCAAGGCUUAGGACCAUUGAUUGCGGGAAGUAGGCCGUGGAGGAAGUGUUGAAGACUGAAGA